AUGCUGCACAUCUCUGCGACUGGAUUGGAUGGUGGAUUUUAUGUCCAGGGUGUGAAAAGCAACGGCAAACAACGGACCGAGAAUUGGUUCGAGCAUGACAACGUGAUGGCUAAUGGCGGCCACAUUGAAUUUGAACUUGGACAAUAUGCAAAGGCGACGGAAUCUGGAGAAUUAUCACCCUCACCGGGACAUGUCCAGCUGGAGUAGCGGUAGUGUCGAGCAGUCAGUGUAGAAUCGAUAGACUGGGACCUCACUGAUGAAUUGGAUCCUUCUGUAUGUUUUUUUAAUUCUCGAUGUACGAUGGGAAUCAAUCGAAUUUUUAGCCUCAAUCCACUACAACUCAACUGCCACUCAAAUGCAAAAGCCCCUUGUGGGCGUAUGGCCUGCAUGAUUCUUGCAUGAAGGCUUGUCCAGU